AUGUUAGGGUGGGUCAAAUCUUGGAAGUCAAAAUUUGACCCACUUCCCCAUUUCCUAUUGAACUGAAAUUUUGCAUACAUAUGUAAGUCGGGUGGCAAUGUAAUGUUAUGGUACCAUCGAGCUGAUCCAUUGAUGGAGACAGGAGGUGGCCAUAGGAACUCUGUGAUGAAACAGCGCAACCUAAUGGUGUUUGGGAUUAUACCAUUGUCUCGAUGAGUAUAUGUUGCCUGUGAUAAGAAAAGUGUGGUAAGUAGUGGAUGAAAUGGCGACAGGUCUCUGGAACAACUCGCGAUCCACGAAUUCCCCUUAAACUUAAGGGGAAAAUCUACAGGACGAUCGUGAGACCCGUUGUAAUGUAUGGAUCAGAAUGCUGGGCGACGAAAGUGACGGAUGAAAGAAGAGUGCACGCAGCGGAAAUGAGAAUGUUGGGAUGGAUGUAUGGAGUGACCAGAAAGGAUCGGAUUAAGAAUGAGUAUAUAAGGGUAAGUUUGAAAGUAGCACCGGUAGCGGAGAAGAUAAGGAGUGAUAGGUUAGCGUGGUAUGGGCAUUUAAUGAGGAGGGAUGAAUGCCAUAUAAGCAAAAGAAUAUUAGGAAUGAAUGUUGAUGGACGGAGAGCGGAUGGUAGAUCCAAAAAACGAUGGAUGGAUUGUGUGAAAGAGGAUAUGAGAAAGAAAGGAGUGAGUGCUGAGGUGACGAAAGAUAGAGGAGAAUCGAAGAGAAGAACAUGUCGUGCCGACCCCACAUAACGUGGGAUAAGGCCAGGAGGAAGAGGAAGAGAUAGGUAAGAAAAGUACAGUCAGCGAUAAAACUUCUACCAAAAAUGUUUUUUUUUGCUAAAAACUUAUUAGUGCCUACGUUCACGAACAUACUAGUUUAACAUAUUUCUACGGAAUCCUCGAUAUGCCUAUCAAGGUUAGGGUAUGCUAAUUGAGUACACUAUUUUCUGAAAACUAGAACAUAGUGUACCCAAUUAGCAUGAGUUGUUAAGAAAGGUUAAUCACUGUCAGUUUUGUAACGAUAAUUAUGCAUUAUGUUUCAAUAAAAAAUUGGUUUUGGUGUUUUUGCCUUGGAAAAUUGAUAUUCCAAGGUAAAAAAAGGCAAAUAGUUAAUUCCCUUUAAGAUUUCAUGCUUUAUUGUCGUUACAAAACGGAUAGCAGUUAACUUUUCUUAACAACUUACGUCAACUGGGUACACUUUUUUUCUGAAACCUCCCAUUAGACUCGUAUUUGUCCUUUUUCACACACCGGAUCAACAUCUAAAACUUCGUUUCACGUACAAAAAUAGUCGUUUUUUCUCCGCUGAUUAGUCAAAAUUUGAGCUAGUCCAUUACAGCAAUAUAUAUUUUCAAACACGCUGUUUACUGCAAAUGUUUUUACUUAAUUAGCGAAUUCAAGGUUACGUUACAUAAUUUAAAACAUUAACUAAAGUCAUAAGCAAUGAUAUGAUUCGACAUUCUAAUAGUUCCAAGCCUAGAAAAAUACUUCACGGACCGUUAACUUUGAAACCUUGUUGAAUAAUUCCUAUUUCAAGGUAUAUAAGAGUUGGUUAGUCAGGUUUGAUAUCAUUCAAAUCACCUCAUUUGAAGGAAUAACAACAUCAAAAUGUUCGCUAAGAUCGCCUUUUUUGCCGCUUGUCUCUUCGGUUUGGCCCAUGCCGGGGGCCUAUCUCUAGCCGGCCAUGGCGUUGGCCUCGGUUACGGAGCAGGCCUUGGUUAUGGUGCCGGCCUCGGAUAUAGCGCUGGCCUCGGUUACGGCGCCGGCUUGGGUUACGACGGCUACGGAGCCCCAGCGACUUCCUACGUCCACCGCGUUGAUUACAACACAGGCCUUGGUGGCUACGGUGCUGGCUACGCUGGUUACGGUGCCGGCUACGCUGGUUACGGUGGACUUGGUGCCUACGGACAUGGACUUGGUGCCCAUGCUGGCUACGCUGGCUGGUAGGAAAAACCCGACAAGAAACGUAAUAUUCUUUUCAGUCAUCUGUGAUUUAAUAGUAGGUAUAUAUAUUGCAGUUAAUUAAAUGUAUGCAUUAUUACGUUUUGUUUUAAUUUUAUAUUUACACACAUAAAAUAUAAUUUUCUGGACCAGCCUAAGGUGGUCAGAGGUUUGCCCAAAUACCAGAUUACCGGACGCCCUGUAUAAUUUUUAGCAAAGAAUAAUAAUUAAAACUACCUACCUAGUCAUAAAACUAAAUGGUACUGCGUAAAAUAAACAAGGAAAUUGUAAACAAUAA